CUUGGGGUACAAUAUGUAAACUGUGCAAGUCUUACGAUGAGGUCAAGAAACCGUGUGCACACUGCGCCCCAGUGGGCAAAUGAUGCCAAAUCAUGUCCUGAUGUUGGACCGAGUCUGCAACAGAGGCUUUCACAGCUGGUCAGCGCCAAAGGAGUUCCCGAGCGCGCGCAGAAUGGACCUGAGCGCGCGAAAGCAGCCGCACCAGCACAACCUGCAGACUCUGGACAAGCUGCUUGCGUUGUUGGCCUAGCGGCUGCGGCCUCGCCGGUGCCUGAGCCUGCUUCCUCCGCAGCGGUUCCACAGCAUGUUUUGUAUCCACCUCCCGUUCCGCCAUAUGCGCCGCUGCGAUCAGCAUGGCCGGAAUCAGCGCUUGUCGAUUUCGUCAAACAGCAGGCGCUUUACCCGACCGACGUUAAUGUCCGAGUGGGGCAUCUCAUGCUCGGCGAGGGCGCUGCACGCAGCGGCCUGCUGCACUCCAUAUCUGAUGAGGCACUCGCCAACACGACAGCGACGCCGUCGUCGGCCAGCUUUAGGUUCGUGCAGCUGCUGGCGGAGGUGUGCGCGCGGACCGGUGCGCCUGGCGGCAGCGGCCGGGGACCCUGCGACGGCGAGCGAGGUCGCGAGGGCCCUCCGCCGCGACGACCGCAGCCCCCCGCGCCCGUGCUGGCGCCGGCGCUUGCGCUGGCCGCCGCCGCGGCCGGGCGCUGCGUGACGCCGCAGCUUGAGGCGCAGCCGUUGGAGGCGCCGGCGGCCCUGGCGGGCUUCCAGGGCGACUGGCUGGCGCUGCAGCCGGCAGUGCUGCCGUUCUGGGACAAGGUAUCCCUGGAGCCGUGCGGGCCGCAGAAGGCGGUGGAGUUCUACGUGGUGUGUCCAGAGCAGCACUCGUCGGCGGCGCGCAUGUUUGUCAAGGACGUGUCGGCGACCUUUCUGGGCAUGCGGUUGGGCAGCCACCAGCCUGCACGCACGCCAUCCCACCUCCACGCCAUAGACGGCGUGGUACCCGUGCCCGCGGAUCCGGGGCCGGGGCCGCCCGUGGGCGGAGCCCAGGGCGACGGCGACGCGGUCGCAGCGGCGGCGGCAUGGCAGCAGCAGCAGGCGCUGGCGCUGGCGCGGCGGCCAGACCGAUUGGUGCUGCGGAGCGCUGUGCUGGGUUUCCGCAGCAACCACGCGACGACAUCAGUGGCUGGCGACCUUGGCUGGGAGCCAGAUGAACCCAGCUACCGGCCCCGCGCGGGCGCGGCGUCGGGGGCGGGCGCCUGGCAAGGGAUGGCGAUGGCGGCAGCAGCAACAGGGGGCGCGGCGGCGGGGAUGGCGGCCCCGCCGCAACCGGCGGCGGCAGCGCGGCAGCAGCCAGCGACGCACGUGCAUUUCUGGCGGAACCUGCGGCAUGUGGGCCGCCAGCUGCAGCGGCAUCUCCUGCUGCAGCCGCCACGGGAGCUGCGUCAGCUUAACCAGCAGCCGCGCGGUGUCUCUGGUGGCGCUGGCGGGGCAGGGCGUGGGCUCAGCGGCGGCGGGGCGCCCGGCGGCGGCGGGCCAGUGGCCAAGCCGGAGGCCGGCGGAGCGGGCGUGGGCGUGGCCGGGACAACAGGCGCCGGCGGUGCCGGCAGCACAGCACCGGGGGACCCGUCUAUGGCGGGUGCGGCGGUGGGAAGCGGUAUGUUGGACCUGGGGCCCGCGGCGCUGGUGGUGUAUGUGGUGCCGCCCAGUGACAGCGUGGACGACGUGGCGGCGGCGCUGAUGGAGGUGGCCGCUUGCCUCGCGCCCGUGUGCCCCGCGUCACGGAUGCUGCCCGCACGCGUGCCGCUGGCGGCGCCGCCCGGUGCGGAUGCGGGCGCUCUAGGGGCCGAGCUGCAGGCGGGGCCUGUCGCGGGGCAGGCAGCAGCCAUUGCGCGGGGCCAAACCGGCGGCGCAGGCGCGCGCCUGGGGCCAGGGACAAGCGCUGUGGCGUGGCCGGGCUGCCACAGCGUGAGCAGCAGCGUGUGUGGGCCGGGCCUGGUGCCUGGCGGCGGCAUGGUGCCGGGCUCGGUCACGUUGAGUAGCGCCGGCGCGGGUGCGGCUCUGAUGGCGCUGGCGGCGGCAGGGCCGCCAACAGGCACCAGCAGCAGUGCUGCGUCGACGCCGCCGGAGGCUCCGGCCUGCAGCGUUGGCCCCAGCGGCGUGCCGGCGGCGGCGGGCGCGGGAGCUGCAGGGGCUGUUGACGGCAGCAGUGGGCCUGGGGCCGCGGAGGGGACGGGGCCGAACGCGAGCGGCGACACAACAGACCCGGCGUUGCUAGCACGGCUGGGCGGCGCGGCGCGGCACCUGUACCGCGCGACGUCGUGGCCGGCGCCCGCAGGUACCGGGGGUGGUAGCGGUGGCGGUGCUGCCAUGGCGGCGGCGGCGGCGGCGGCUGGGCCGGUGGGCUCGACGCCGCAACUUGACCUCACUCAGCUGGCGGCGACGGAGCUGGUCAUCCAGUUGGUGCUGCCUUCCUCCUUGUACGACGUCACUGGAGCCUGCGUGCGUGCCACUGCUUGCGCCGCCUACACCAAGCUCUGCCGCCGCCUGGCGGGCUACGGCGCCGCGGCCGCCACCAAGGCGGCGGCCGCCAAUGCGUCGGCGGGCCAGGGCCUGCCCAGCACGCGGCGUGCGCAGCCGGCUCAGGAGCUGGCGUCGCGGCAUGUGCACGGAGAGGGCGGCGGCGGCACCGCGCCUGCAUCCAUAGGCGGGGCAGCAGUGCAGGCGAGCUGCAGCGGGCGCACGCCAGUGUACGAGCCCCUUCUAGCACUGGCGCCGCCACAAGCGCUGGCGCUCGCGGCAGCAGCAGCCGAGGCGACGGGGCACCCGGCAGGGGCGGGAGCUGGUGGCGAGGCCGCAGCCACGGCCCGUGCACGCAGCCCCGCGCCGGCGUCGCUGCAUGGGGGCGCGGGCGGGGCAUCCGUAAUGGCUCCGGGGGCAGUAGCAGCGCCGGUGCAGCCACAGCCGGCGCCCGACGCAGCUUCUGCGCAUGCGGCCGCGCUCGCUGCGUCGGAGCGGCCGACGCUGCACUGCUGUUACGCUUGGCAGCGCUGCAGCGGCAGCAAUGGCAGGGCCAGCGAAGGAGCCGCUGCAUCGCGGGCUGCUGCGGGGCUCGGAGGUUUUGCGGGCGCAACCGCCGAGUUGGAGCGCUGCUGGCUGGCCCUGGCGUUCUGUGACUCGGAGGGCCGCGUGCUGGACACGCGGGCUAUGUCGCUGUGUAGCAGUAGCAGCAGUGGCGACAGCAGUAAUGAAGGCAUGGGUAUGGACAUGGGCACAGCUGCAGCCGUAGACGGACUUGGGAGUGGCGACGUUGCGACCGCACCUGGCGCGGGGCACGAAGCGGUGACGGCGGCGGCAGCCACAGCUGCGCCCGUGGCGGCAGUAGCAGGCGACGCCGCGAGCUGCCGGAGCAGCCUGUUGCCUGCUGGCAGUAGCACGAGCGCGAUGGCGGCGGCGCUGGGGCCUGCGGCGGGCCCUCAACAGGCGGACGGGGGCGGCGGCGGGGGCGGCAGUAGCAGCAGCUUGCUGGCGCUGCGCACGCCGUGCAGCUGCAGCAUGGAGACGGACGCGUGCCCCACCGCCGGAGAGGCGGAGCGGCAGUCGCAGCCGGCGCCAGAGAGUCUGCCGCCGCUGGCGCUGGACGCGCUGGUUUGCCGUGUGGUGCUGGGGCACGCGCAGAUGCUGCGCCGCCAGUUGGCGGGUGCCGGCGGCAGCAGCAUCGGUGGCGGUGGCGGGGCGGGCGCAGCCGCCGGGGGGCACACCGAUGCAAGGGCGGCAGCAGCUGCGGACGAAGGCCUUGCGCCGGGAGCACCAGCCGCGCAGGUGACGAUUGCGGUCACCAAGCUUGGCAGCCCCACGGACGCCGAGGCGGCCGCGUGGCAGCGCCUUCUUACCUCCCGGGACAGCGGCAGCUGUGGCAGUAGCAGCCGCAACAGCAGUAGCAGUUCGGAUGUGUCCCUGUCCUGGCUGCAGCUGCAUCCGUCUGUGGCGGUGCCCCAGGGCUUCCGUGUCCCACCCGGCGGCUACGUCGUCCGCCACGCCGGUGCGCCGUCGGGUCCUGGCGCGGGCGCUGCGGCGGCGGCGACGCCAGCCCCAGUGACGCUGUGCGCCUUCCCCACGCAGCAGCCACCCAGCGCCGCCUGCGCGGCUACGGAGGGCCUCAGCCGCCACCUGCGCAUGCUGUCCGUGCACACGUGGCCCCGGCCGCAGCACAGGACCAGCCCGCCGCCUCCGCAGCACCAGAACCACAGCCAUCACCAGCAGCAGCAAGGGCCGGCGGCGCAAGUGGACGCGGUCAUGGCCGACGGCGCAGAGCCCACGCGAGACGUGUCUGCGCAGCCGGAGCUAGAGGCCGCGGCGAAGCGGCGGCGCCUGGACCCAGCCCGCGACCCGGGCGCAGGUGCAAACGCAGGCGCAGGCGCGCUUGCCGGCGUCACCGGCGCGGGCUGCUGUUGGAGCGACCCAAGCCUUGCGCUGUUGCGGCAGCUGGCGGCGCUGUGCUCGCUGCGUGACGCGAUGCUGGCGGCGCAGAGCGGCGCGCGCGGCGGGCCGACACCCGGCGGGCGCUAUGCCGCGGCGGCGCCCACUGCCGGCGGCGCGGCGGCGGCGGGCUCUGACGUGACGCUGCUGCUGCCGCUGCAUGUGGCCGUGUGCCAGCGGUUGCUGAGGGCGCUGGUGGUGUGUGAGCGGUUGGCGGCAGCCUCCUCGGGCGCCGGUGCGAUGCAGUCGGCGGCGCCACGCCGGGCGGGCCCAUGAGAGCGUGGGCGGUUUGGUGCGGAGGUUAGCGGCGGCGAUACAUAACGGCGGGAUGCGGAAAGGGAUGAUGGCUGUUGUGCGCGGGCGCGGCGCAUAGAACUGUGAAGGGUAUUGAGCGGAACCAGAAGACGAGUGGUGCUCUACUACGCCGCACUGCGCAGCAUUUGCAUAGUAGCGCAGGCGCGUGUGUGCAUGGCAGCCUGCCUCUGAUCACCAUUAUUUCAUGUUAGCCGUUGCCGCGUGCGACACGAUGGGCGUAUGAUGUUGACUAGGUCUAUCAGGACUUCGUGGUGAGGACCGCAAAGGUUCGGCAGUUUCUCAGUGUAGGCGCAUUCAG